CAACAGACAACAGCACCCAAAAGUCUCAAAGGAUAACCAGCGGCUGAAUCAUGACAGGUGAAACUACAACUAUGCCAAGUUAUAACUAUGACUAUUCUGAGAUCAGCAGCAUACGUCCCUGUGAUUCUGAGGCUGCCAAUAACUUCACCAGUGUAUUUCUACCACUCUUCUACAGUUUGGUGUUCAUCCUGGGGUUUAUAGGUAAUGGCCUGGUGGUGUGUGUCCUGCUGAAGGACUCUCACAAGUCCAACCUGACAGACCUGUGCCUGUUGAACCUGGCUGUGUCCGACCUGCUGUUCCUGCUCAUUCUGCCUCUGUACGCUCACUACAGUGCAGUGUCCCACUGGGUGUUUGGAGACUUCAUGUGUCACAUCAGCGGAGGACUGCAGAAUGUUGGUUUCUACAGCAGCUCCUUCUUUGUGGUGGUCAUGACUCUGGAUCGAUAUGUACUCAUUCAACAUGCUCAGAAGGCCUCCAAAUGCCGCUCCAUGAAAACUGGGAUGGUUCUGUCCACAUGUGUGUGGGCUCUGAGCGUCUGUGUAUCACUGCCAGCCUUUAUCUUCACACAAGUCACACCACAAGAUGCUUGUGAACACAGCCCAGAAGACUUAACUUGGAUUAAAUAUGACAUCUUUGCAACAAAUAUCCUGGGACUUGCACUUCCUUUCACUGUGAUGGUGGUGUGUUACUCCAGGAUCAUCCCUACUCUGAUGAAAAUAAGGAGUACACAGAAACACCGCAGUGUAAAGAUCAUCAUCUGCGUCAUGGUGGUAUUCUUUCUUUUCUGGACUCCAUACAACAUCACUUUACUUCUGAAUUUCUUGCGACUUAAGGGUGCACUUACAGACAGUUGUGAACUGGACACAAACCUUAGAUUAUCCAUUUUAGUGACAGGGGCUCUGGCCUUCAGCCACUGCUGUCUGAACCCCAUCAUCUACGCCUUUGCAGGGCAGAAGUUCAUGAAGCGCUCCCUGAUAAUGUUGAGGAGGCUGCUGCCAUGGGCCCACUUCAGCAGAGACAGGUCUGACAGUUCAUUCAGAAUGAGUUCAGUAGGGUCCCGGGCUUCAGUCACUACCACUGUCAUGUGAGACGCAAAGAAAUAUUUUUUUAUGUGUGUGUUGCAUGGUGGGUACUUCCUGUCCUCAGUUAUGUGGUAUUGCAUGUUUUGUGAGAACUCACUUUGCUUUGCUUUUACAUUUAAAUGUACAUAUUUUUCCAUGGCAUAAAGUAUCUUACUUUUUCAUUUUAGUAGUGUAUUGUAUUAAAAUAAAGCCAAUAUGUAGUUUCUGGGUUUGGAUAAAUUUUUGAUGUAUUUUUUGCAAAGUUAAUGGGAAAAAUGAAUGAGAAAUUUCCUUCCAGAACCGGGAGGUGAGCAAUCACUGUUGA